GUUGAAGAUGAAACUGUUGUUCUUCUCCCAGAAGAAUUAUCAGAACCAAUCGAAGCUGUAAUUCCCCCUGAAGACUUGAAACCUGUCGUGGUUGGACAAGAAGCCCCGGAAGAAGGACAAAAAGAGCAGGAACAAGUCAACCCGAUUGGUGAUGAGGCAGAGUCCAGUCAUUUGAUAAUCUCCAGCCAUGGGGACUACAUCGACUCUCUCGAAAUCAAAGCUUAGUAGCGGGGCGGUCGGGACAUCAAGUUCAGGUCGAGGACGUGGCAAAAUGGCUACUGAAGAAGUAGAAAACAAGGCUCCAUUGGGACAACAGCCUGCAGCCGCUGCUGGGACAGAGGAAGCCCAAACUUUAGCGUCUCAACGUGAUCGAGCUCCAAUGAUUCGACGAGGAGCGAAGGGCGAGGAAAUCGCAGCGGCCACGAAUUACAUUCGGUUAAGGUUUAUCGGCAACUGCACGAUUCACGAAUCCCAUGUGGAUUUCGAUCCUCCCCUCGACAGCACCAUGAUGAAGAACCGAUCGGUGCGGGCCGUCAUGGGAGAUCGCACGUACACCUUCGAUGGACGAAUGCUCUUUACCACCGUCAAGUUCGAUGAGCAGCUAAGUUGCUUGACUGACUUUAUGGUUACCGAAUUGAAAGGGUUUCAUCCCAACAGUCCAGAUACCGAAUUGAACAUCAUUCAUUACCGUCUUCUUGAAGGAUAG